UCGCAGUUGCCGCAUUCGCCGCAUUCGCUGCAGGCGCGAGGUCGGCUACGGGCCGUCUCACAGCUUCGAGGCAUCGACGGACGGACGGACGGACCGACCGACCAUGCCGCGCUCGCACAGGCCUCCGCCUACCGCGCAGCGGGCUGCCGCCGCCGCCGAGCCCAAGUCUGACGGCGUUUUGGCUAUGACUUUCAAGAUUUUUCUCCUUUUUGCAGGACUUAUGGUUAAAGUUCCUGUGGGCUUGUAUUUUUCCUGUAAACUGCUCCUUUUCCAAAGUCUGAUGUUAAUGUCCCCCGAAGACAGCGCCUUUUACGCGACCAUCGUCGCGGUGGUCGGGCUUCAUGUGGUGCUGGCAAUUUUUGUCUUCAUCGUGUGGAAGGAGGGCUUGCCUCAGUGGCGGGAAAACAAAAACGAGUAGAGCAGCUUCGCCUUCAGAGCUGCAAGCGUGGGGGGUGGGGAGCACCGCAGGGCUUUUCUUUUUGCUUCUUGUCCGUAUUAAACGUGCUUUUCUUUCGUGAGGGGCAGGGUGGAUGGGGAGGGGAAUUAAGUAUUUACUGCAGCUAAGACUUCAGCAAAAAUGGGGGUGGGGGGAGGGCUGACAUUCUCGACCGCCUGUUACGUGCCAAGUGCUUUUCGUUAAGGACAUAAUGUUUUCGACUGAGGAUCAUGUCAUUUGGCUGAUGUAAAUAUUAAUGCCAAAAUAGGGAGCUAGGAUGAAAGUAACGCUGUAAUUAGUAGGAGUAGAAUUAAUUUCGUAUUAAAAUGUGUCGUGACGUAAUUUUUAAGGCUUGGCUCAAGCAUCAAUUUUCAGAGUGCACCCUCAUUGAUGCUACUCACAGAGAUGUGGAUGUGCUGUUACUGCUUUCUAACUGUGCCUACUACGUGGCCUAUUAUGAUGAUGAAGUCGAUAAAGUAAACCAGUAUCAACGACUAAGUCUAGAAGACCUGGAAAAAAUAGAAAUAGGUCCUGAACCCACUCUUUUUGGUAAGCCAAAGUUCUCUUGCAUGCGACUGCACUACAGAUACAAGGAAGCAAGUGGCUAUUUCCACACAGUGAGAGCUGUAAUGCGCAAUCCAGAAGAGGAUGGAAAAGAUACGCUUCAGUGCAUUGCAGAGAUGCUGCAGAUCACCAAGCAAGCCAUGGGAUUGGAUGUACCUAUAAUUGAGAAAAAACUUGAGAGAAAAAGCAGUAAACCUCAUGAAGACAUCAUUGGUAUCAGAUCUCAAAAUCAAGGCUCUUUGGCCCAGGGAAAGAAUUUUUUAAUGAGCAAAUUUUCAUCUCUAAAUCAAAAAGUGAAGCAAACUAAAUCCAAUGUAAAUAUUGGCAACCUACGAAAGCUAGGAAACUUUACAAAACCUGAAAUGAAAGUUAACUUUCUAAAACCAAACUUAAAAGUAAACCUUUGGAAAUCAGAUAGUAGUCUUGAAACCAUGGAAAACACAGGCGUGAUGGAUGAUAAGGUUGAGGCAGAGUCUGAUGGGGAUAUGUCUUCAGAUAAUGACUCAUUCCACUCUGAUGAAUUCCUUACAAAUUCCAAGUCUGAUGAAGACAGGCAGCUAGCUAAUUCUUUAGAGAGCGUAGGACCGAUAGAUUAUGUUCUUCCUAGUUGUGGUAUUAUCGCUUCGGCGCCUCGAACAGGCAGUCGAUCCCAGUCUGUCAGCAGCGGUGACGUUAGCGUUUAUGGUCCUUCAGACAUUACUCUUGCUCAUGGGAGUGGACUUGGAAGAGGCCAGGAGUCUCCUUUGAAGAAAAGUCCUUCUGCUGACAACAUACAUACGGUGACUGGUUUUGCCAAGCCCAUGGAUAUUUAUUGCCACAGAUUUGUGCAAGAUGCACAAAACAAAAUGAGCCCCCUGUCAGAGACCAGGUCUGUGUCUCUGCAGGCCAGUGAAGAAGGAAAUCAAGUGACCAAUCAAAUUUCCAAUGAAGAAACCCAAUCUGAACCAGUGGAACAGACACUUUCUCGACCAUCUCAGUUAGAUGUGUCUUUUUCCGCGACAGGCCCACAGUUUUUGUCAGUUGAACCAGUGCAGUCAGUCGUGUCUCAGAAGACCCCCAGCUCUGGUUCCAGCAUGCCUGAACUUGAGACAGGGCUUCAUGUAACUCCUUCUUCAGAGAGCAGUAGCAGCAGAGCAGUCUCUCCCUUUGCAAAGAUUCGAAGUUCCAUGGUCCAGGUUGCUAGUAUUACCCAAGCUGGAUUAACCCAUGGGAUAAACUUUGCAGUGGCAAAAGUUCAGAAGAGUCCUGCAGAACCUGAAGUGGUCAAUGAAGUCCAGCAAAAUGAACUUAAAAAUAUGUUUAUACAAUGCCAGACACGAAUAAUUCAGAUUUAGUUUUUAGCCACAAAGAAUCAUUCCAUGGCUUUUGUUUAAAAAUUCAAAACAAAGUUUUCACAUAUUAGGGUAUUUUAACUUGUACUGUCUGAAUCUAGAGAUUACAAAUUCUAAUUAUGUUUGGAAAGUUUUAAAAGGAUUCUGAAUCUGAGAUUUCCAAAUUUGAGAGUCAGGACUACAGAAAUACAUCAUCCUAGAAUGUGUAGACCUGAGUAGCUUACACACUACAGAGCACUAAUUAGCUCGCUUGAAAUUCAUUUAGGAACAGGUCACUUUGGGAUAUAACCUGAAUUUCUUUGGAGUGGGGUGGGUGGGUGGAUUAUAUGAAGUAGAUACACAGGGAUGGACAUGGAUACAAUUAGGGGAUUGGCAUUUUUCAUAAUUUGUUCUGUUUGUCAGUUCAUUCCUGUAUAUUACCUUUACAAAGUAAAUUAUACAUUUAGUUUUUAGUGACUUUAAUGUGUUACUAGUAUGGAGAAGCAUUUUGAUUGUAAAAACCUGUUUUAGUUUUAAUGGCUUAACCAUUCUCAUUCUCUAUGAGUUAAUUGAGGGUUACUGACACUAAAGUUAAGAAAUGUAUUCUCUAUUUGUUCUUAAUUUUCCCAUAUUCUAUUUGAACAAGUUGCUAAUACCUUGCUGUCUGUAAACCCUAAAAUCUAGGAGCAUUAGGACUGGUCAGUCAUAAAGUAAACCUUAUUAAUCAGAUGUGAGUACAGCACCUAUUACAUUUCAUUUUGCUGUUUCCUGGAAUGUCCGGAUGUACGUAUACUGACUACUGAAAAUUCUAGAAGUCAGUCUUCAGGUUUUGACUUUUCCCAGGGGGACAUCCUCAAAACCUUGUAUAGACUAUCCACAACUUGAAAAUUUAGUUGAAACACAACUGUGCUAAAAUGGGUUCUAUGACCAUAACCCUGAUCACAUAGAACCAAGACUUCCUCUGUAACAUCUGAAAGGUGCAAUGCGUAUUCUGACAAGCACUGGUCUAUCUGGUUAUCUUUAGAGCCUUACUCUGUUCAAGUGAUUCUCAGCUGAACAUUAUGUCUGUUGUAACUUUGAUAAGCAUUCUACUUUUGUUAUUUAUUAGUGGUAUUUUUUUUGAAGUGUUAAAUCUUGUGACUAUUAAAGUACCAUUGUAAUUUGAAGUGACAA